GAUGGCUGCACCCAUGCAGCAUGUUCGGACACUUUGUUGUAGGUCGUUCAAUGUCUUGUAUGCAAAGUCCUGGAGUAGAUACAGUGUGUGUAAUGUCACCAGUGAAGCUGUUUCGAUGCCAUGCCGUCUGUUCUCUUCGCGGACAAACGGCCAAGUCGAGGAUGAUUUCUUCGGCAUCAAAGAAAAUGAUGGAUGUGUUGAAAACGAAAGUGUCAAACAAUCUUCAAACGAUGGACACUUGCAGACGAAAUAUUCCUUCAGGAAUAAAAAGCCAAACACGACGUAUACUAGCUACCCAGUACCUUAUGGCAUCGUUAGAAAAGAGGAACACGUUAGCAGUAAAAAGAAACAACGAGAUGAACAUACGCCAUUAACGUACAAAAACAAGGAAUUAUUUGUAAAGAACAAAUAUGGAGACAGAGUUGCUGUGAAGAAAGAGGGACCUUUGAAAAAUAUUCUAAGUCAGGAUGAUCUUGUGAACCAGACAAUUAAUCCAGGAAUUCAAAAGUUCACUCAGCACGAAGGUGAAAAUAUAUUUGAUGAACAGUAUUUUCAGAUGGACGAAAAUCCCACAACUCGAGUAAAGUAUUCUGAUAAGGAUUAUAUGAAACUUCAACAAAUUGCUUCACUUACAGAAAACUCGGACAAACAAACUUGUGGUAAUGAUAUAAAUGAUAAUAACACGGACUUGAAUUUUGUUGAUAGUCAAUAUUUUCACAGCAAUGAAAGCAUUCAGAGGUCUUCAGAAAGCAAGCCUGAACAUACUACCGAACAUUUAAAAGCCCCAAAAUAUCAGCUGUUGCAUGGUAGUUUGGAAAGUGAAGAUCUGAAUUUUGUUGACAAACAGUAUUUUGAUACUGAAGCAGUGCAUUCAGACAACUCAUCUGUCGCUGACAAGUCAUUGCAUGGAGGACUAGGUGACACAGUUGAUAGUGGUGUUGACGGAACAGAGCAUCAAACAGGAAUUAACAGAAUACCUCAAAAAAGAGGUAUUAGAAGACGAGUUGUUGCCAGGCAACAAACAAGAGAUGAGGAUGAGGACAAAAGGUCACCAACAGCUUAUGAUGUUUCUCGCAGAAUACAAGAAAACUUGACAAAGUCUACCACAGAUGAAGAUGCAACUGGUGGUACAUCAAGACGGUAUGCGGGGCCUGUAGACAGCAAGGGGUACCGUAUCCUCAAGCACCAGGUGGACGAUGUGAUGACCAUGCCCUCGGUGAUGGUGACAAGGCUGCUGCAAGACAGCAUCAUUUACAACAAAGGUGACAUCAUAGCCAUUGACAAACCGUAUGGACUGCCUUCUCAUGGUGGACCUGGGGUACACAUGAGUGUGGGGCAGUUGCUGCCUGCUCUAACAAAGCUUGUGGAUCCCACUGGACAGCUGGACACCCUACACCUGGUCCACCGACUGGACAGACAGACAACGGGGGUCAUGCUACUGGCCAAAACGGCAGAGAUGGCCUGGCAGCUGAAGAGCGCCUUCAGGAAGAGGGAGGUAGUGAAGAAGUACUGGGUACUCACUAAGGGUGUACCAAGUCCCCAGAAGGCUGUGGUUGAUAUACCGAUGGCGGAGGGGACAGUCGGGAGGUUUCACAGGAUGGUGUUGAAGCCAGAGUCUACUCCAGACACGAGACUAGUCAGCAAGAGGAGCUUCACGGAAUCCCACCAGGCAAUCACAGAGUUUGAAGUCCUAGAUAGUCAUGGCAACGCAGCGCUUGUAGAGUGUACACCUCUUACAGGGCUGAAACAUCAGAUCCGGGUGCACCUGGCAUUUGGUCUGAACACCCCAGUACUCGGCGACCACAAGUACUCCCACAUCACCAAGGUGGCACCACAGCGUCUACACCCUGACCUGCUGCACCGACUCGGGAUCCGGCAGAGCAAGGUGCGUCAUCUUCCAAUGCUGCUUCACGCCAAGAGCAUCCUCAUCCCAGGGUUCCUAGACGGGAGGAAUCUCUCCAUCCAAACACGACUACCUCGACAUUUCUCUCUCAACAUGAACAGGCUGAAGAUUAAACCACCCAAAAACAGAUAGUGGAUAUUACAAUGAAAGAGUACCAUGUAUGGAUGGACGAGUUAUCACCUAUCUCACAUAGUCCUGUCACAAGCCCUCGAGGAUUAAAGCUUUUAAAACAAAUAUACUGGACAAAAAUAGUUAGGGAUAAAUGUAAAUUUUGAAAUUAUGAAUAAAGAUUUUUCAUUCAUUGACACACUGAUAAAAUAUUAAUCUUAAAAAUACCAAUAUCCCUAACUUAUUUGGUCUAGUAUAUGUAAAUGUUUGAGAUGACCGUAAAUUUGAGAUGUUGUGAAAAUGCUGCAUGGGUCUUCACCAGAUCGUCACAAAACAACAUGUUUGUCAUGAUGUAUUGUACUGUGUAGCAUUUCGGAUCGGGUCAUCUCAAAAUAUAUUUUUUUAUCUUUAAUCCUCGCAAAGACACGAGGUACUGUGAGUCCUGUGUCUACAGUGAUGAUCAUAUGAGAGACGGUGGUUAAACCAUUCACUUGUCACUCCGAAGACAGUAUUCGAUUCCCCACAUGGGUACAAUGUGUGAAGCCCAUUUCUGGUGAUCCCUGCUGUGAUAUUGUUGGAAUAUUGCUAAAAGUGACAAAACCAUCCUCAAGCUAAUUGUAUGAAGGGACAUGCUACUUAUACAAAAUGUCCCAGAUUCUGCCUACAAUCACUCCUGUUUUCUAUCAGAAACCAGCCAAAAUCAAGGUUAAAGACUUGGAAUACUUAUAUAGAGUUAACAAAUUACAUACAGAAAGGUUGAUACACUCAAUAUUAUAUACUACUCAACUUGCUAUGUAGAUGACUUACUGCAGAUGACUUUUUCUCUUUAGCUAUGUUGAGUAAUAUACUUAUGUAGGUCACUGCACUAUAAGUUUGGCAGGGACGGUGGUAUAGCUUGUGGUUAAAGUGACUGCUCGCCAGGUUUGAUUCCCUACAUGAGUACAAUGUGUGAAGCCCAUUUCUGGUGUUCCCUUCAGUGAUAUUGCUGGAAUAUUGCUAAAAGUGGCAUAAAACUAAACUCGGUAACUCACUUUAUGAUGUUGUAUGCCCUCUGUCACAUGAACAAUGUAUGUCUGGUAUACCGGGCCUGUCUUUGAUUAUUGAAUAAAGUGACAAUUAACACUCA